CGAGACAAAUCUAGAUCUCAGAACGCGGUGGGGGCACGUGCGACGCGUUCACGCCACGCGGGGAAUUUUUUUUCAUUUUCAUUCUUAUUUUUUUGUGUAUAAAUUAUUAUGGGAGUGGGUUUGGGUGUGAAGGUGUCUUUUGGUGUGAUUGGUGUGAGUGGUGUAAUAUUUGGAGCGUUGAAAAUGUCGCAGUUAUUAGACAAAGCCAAAAACUUUGUUGCUGAGAGAGUUGCGGACAUGCCAAAACCUGAGGCGAGUAUUAACGACGUUGAUUUCAAGCGCGUGACCCGCGAGUGUGUCGAGUAUUUGGCUAAGGUCACUGUUAACAAUCCGUAUUCCACUUCUAUUCCAAUCUGUGAGAUCAGUUACUCCCUCAAAAGUGCUGCCAGGGAGAUAGCAUUAGGGACCGUACCAGACCCAGGAUCAUUGAAGGCCAAAGACUCAACAUUGCUGGAAGUGAUAGUGAAGGUGCCUCAUAGUAUAUUGCUCAAUUUAGCUAAGGACAUUGGUGCAGAUUGGGACAUUGAUUAUCAAUUGGACCUCGGUCUAGUUAUUGAUCUUCCUGUUUUUGGAAAUUUCACCAUUCCUCUUUCUCAGAAGGGAGAGAUCAAGCUCCCAACAAUCUCUGACAUGUUUGCCUAGCUUAAUCACCAAAAGGAAUAGAACAAUAAUAACACAAAAUAAAAUAAAAUAAAAUAAAAUAAAAUAAAAUAAAUACAUGCUCUAUAUGUUUUGCUUUUAUAUCAAUUUCAAUUUGCUUGUGUUAUUUUUGUUUUCCCUUUAGUUGUACUUUUUGUUGUAUACCGAUGUUAUGUAUUAUACAUGACUUAUAUUUGAAAUUACGGUUUUAAAGACCAGGUGGAGUGCCUGGUAAUUACAAGUUGAUGAAGAAGUAUUUAAUUUUCUUUUUA